CUGGCGCGGGAGAACAACCCCACCAUGGUGCCGCUGCCUCUCUUCAAGAUCGCCGCCCUCUUUGUGAGGCAUGUGUCGAAAUACGGCGCUAACCGCAUAAAGGCACAAGCCCACGACCACCCCAAAUUCCGCGCCUUCGCCGCCCGCUAUGGCCAGUCGAUCCACCAGCUCAACAUGCGCCUCUCCGUGGCCCUCCUCCGCAACGUGGAAGCAGAAAUGAGAGCAAAAGAAAAAGCCGAGGCCCCGACGGUCAAGACGAAAGAACAAGUACAGAAGGAGGAGGAAGCGAAAGCGAAACAGGCCAGGCUCGAAGCCGAACACCCCGAGGCGAAGCAGAAAUCUUCUUCCUCCUCCUCGUCAACGGAGACCAAAGAAAAGCGCCGCACCAUCACCAGCGUAUGGAGCCGCAAGUUCCGGCCCCUCCCCGAGGCCAAGGCCGUCGACCUCUUCGCCGACGUCAUCGGCGACGCCUUCAUCCUCGGCGUCGCGACCGCCAUCAUCGUCUACGAGUACUGGAAGGCGUCCCAGAAACCCGACGCCAACGCCGAGAGGAUCAAGGUCCUCGACGCGAGGCUGGAGGAGCUCACCCGCCGCGAGGAGGAGCUGGCGAGGUCCGAGGAGGACCGCAGGCGGCGGUACGAGGCGCUCGAGAACGCGCUGCGGGAGCUGAGAGACCCCAAGACGAAACAACCUUUGCUGCCCAGUUUGCAAACGCCGCCGCCGCCGCCUGCGCCGACGCAGACGGCUGCGUAG